AACAUUAUACCCAUCCCUCUAUUUAUACCACAAUUCUUAGCUUCAAUAACCAGGAUCUUUCUACCCAUCCUCACAUUUAAUUAAUAACCCAAUUCUUGUUUCCAAAAAUAUACCUUCAAUUUUUCACUAGACAAACCAACCCCUUUACACUUUUACUCCAUUUUCUUGAAUCAUUUCAUUUCAUUUCAUCUACACAAAAAAAAAUGGCUGGUGUUGCACAAAAUGGUCACCAAGAAAUGGAUUUUUGCAUGAAAGUGGAUCCAUUAAACUGGGAAAUGGCAGCUGAUUCAUUGAAAGGAAGCCAUUUAGAUGAAGUGAAGAAAAUGGUGGCUGAGUUUAGGAAACCAGUAGUGAAACUUGGAGGUGAGACUUUGACAGUGGCUCAAGUUGCGGCUAUUGCUGCAAAAGAUAAUGUUAAAACUGUUAAAGUGGAGCUUUCUGAAGGGGCAAGAGCUGGUGUUAAAGCUAGCAGUGAUUGGGUUAUGGACAGUAUGGGUAAAGGAACUGAUAGUUAUGGUGUUACAACUGGCUUUGGUGCUACUUCACAUAGGAGGACCAAGAAUGGUGGUGCUCUUCAAAAGGAACUUAUUAGGUUCUUGAAUGCUGGAGUUUUUGGCAAUGGAACAGAGUCAUGUCACACAUUACCACAAUCAGGGACAAGGGCAGCUAUGUUAGUUAGGAUCAACACUCUCCUUCAAGGGUACUCUGGCAUCAGAUUUGAAAUCUUAGAAGCAAUCACUAAAUUGCUUAACCACAAUGUUACUCCAUGUUUGCCCCUUCGCGGCACCAUCACCGCCUCUGGUGAUCUCGUCCCCUUGUCCUACAUUGCCGGUUUACUCACUGGUCGGCCUAAUUCUAAAGCAGUUGGACCUAAUGGCGAAACCCUCAACGCUGAAGAAGCGUUUCGUGUUGCUGGAGUUAACGGUGGAUUUUUCGAGUUGCAGCCUAAGGAAGGCCUUGCUCUUGUGAAUGGUACUGCAGUUGGUUCUGGUUUGGCCUCAAUGGUUCUCUUUGAUGCUAAUGUUCUCGCGGUCUUUUCUGAAGUUCUCUCAGCUAUUUUUGCUGAGGUAAUGAAUGGAAAGCCCGAGUUCACUGACCACUUGACACACAAGUUGAAGCAUCACCCCGGACAAAUUGAGGCUGCUGCUAUUAUGGAACACAUUUUGGAUGGUAGCUCUUAUGUGAAGGCGGCUCAGAAGCUUCACGAAACGGAUCCUCUCCAAAAACCAAAGCAAGAUCGUUAUGCUCUUAGAACGUCGCCCCAAUGGCUUGGCCCUCAAAUUGAGGUCAUCCGUUCUGCAACCAAGAUGAUUGAGAGGGAGAUUAAUUCAGUGAACGACAACCCUUUGAUCGAUGUUUCAAGAAACAAGGCAUUACACGGUGGCAACUUCCAGGGCACUCCAAUUGGUGUCUCUAUGGACAAUGCUAGAUUAGCCCUUGCAUCAAUAGGGAAAUUGAUGUUUGCCCAAUUCUCCGAGCUUGUCAACGAUUACUACAACAACGGAUUGCCAUCUAAUCUGACAGCAGGAAGGAAUCCUAGCUUGGACUAUGGUUUCAAGGGAUCUGAGAUUGCCAUGGCUUCAUACUGUUCAGAACUUCAAUUCUUGGCAAAUCCAGUGACUAACCACGUACAAAGCGCCGAGCAACACAACCAAGAUGUGAACUCCUUGGGCUUAAUCUCAGCUAGAAAAACAGCUGAAGCCGUGGACAUCUUAAAGCUAAUGUCAUCCACAUAUCUAGUUGCACUUUGCCAAGCAAUAGACUUGAGGCAUUUGGAAGAAAAUCUGAGGAAUGCAGUCAAGAACACGGUGAGCCAAGUCGCAAAGAGAACUUUAACAAUGGGUACCAAUGGAGAACUUCAUCCAUCAAGAUUCUGUGAAAAGGACUUGCUUCGAGUCGUGGACAGGGAAUACGUCUUCGCCUAUGCUGACGACGCCUGCAGCGCUAACUACCCACUGAUGCAGAAACUAAGGCAAGUCCUCGUCGACCACGCCUUGCAAAAUGGCGAAAAUGAGAAGAACGCAAACAGCUCAAUCUUCCAAAAGAUACUAGCUUUUGAAGACGAGCUAAAGGCCGUGUUGCCAAAAGAAGUCGAGAGUGCAAGAGCCGCGCUGGAAAGUGGGAACCCUGCAAUUGCCAACAGGAUAAAAGAAUGCAGAUCUUAUCCACUUUACAGGUUUGUUAGAGGAGAACUUGGAGCUGAAUUAUUGACGGGAGAAAAAGUCAGGUCACCAGGUGAAGAAUGUGACAAAGUGUUCACAGCAAUGUGCAAUGGACAAAUUAUUGAUUCAUUGUUAGAAUGUCUCAAGGAAUGGAAUGGUGCACCUCUUCCAAUCUGUUAGAAGUUGGUUCUCAAACAACAGGAUCUUUGUUAAUGUUUGUCAAUUACCUGUUAUUUUUCUAUUUUUACUUUUUCUUUUUGGGGUUGAUUAAAUGUAAACUCUCUUGAAUAUGUUGGUUUGUAGUUGUAUUAGUCUCUUUUCCGUACAAAUAAAUGAAAAGUGACAAUGUGCUUAUAUGUUCUUGAAAA